UCGUUCCCUGCCUGCUGGGCAAUGGCAAUGGAUCUGCAAUUUGAUAGCUAUAAACUUAAACUCACUAUACAUAAUACAGUCUGUUUUGAGCAUUGGCAGUUUACGGUUGUGUUUCAUUGGUGUUAUUCAUAAGUUAAGGCUUCUUUAUGCUACGUAAGUUCUUAACUAAUUUUAAAUAAACAUACGAUUUGAACAAGUGCUUUACCGACCUAAAGAUUAAUCUUUACUACAAAUCGGGUGAAAUGUUACGAGUAAAAAAAUAUAUUUGUAAAGAAAACAUAAAGCAAUAUAAACGGUUUAUAGCUACAAAAACUGGCUUAUGUAUCAACGACAUGCCCCACCCGAAGGGUUUACCAUUAAUCGGUACCAAAUUGGAAUUAUUCGCAGCAGGGAGUGGAUCGAAAUUACACGAAUAUAUAGAUUACCGCCAUAAGCAAUUAGGGCCAAUAUUUUACGAAAUUUUAGGUGGCAAUACAAAAUUGGUGUUCAUAAAUGAACCCGAAAUGAUGAAAACUUUAUUUUUGAAACUGGAAGGAAAGUAUCCUUUGCACAUCUUGCCGGAACCUUGGGUUUUGUACGAAAAAUUGUAUGGAUCUAAGCGAGGAUUAUUCUUUAUGAAUGGCGAAGAGUGGUUAUUUAACCGCCGAAUCAUGAACAAACACUUGUUGAGAGAGAAUUCGGAUAAAUGGUUAGAGGAACCCAUAAAGGCCACAAUACAAAAAUUUGUGCAAGAGUGGAAAAGAAAAGCUGAAAAUGGAAGUUUUGUUCCUAAUCUAGAGUCAGAUCUGUAUCAACUUUCUAUAGAUAUUCUAAUCAGCAUUCUUCUGGGUGGCGAAUCUUUGACUCCAAGUAAACAUAACAAAGAGCUACUACUGAAGUUUGCUCAAUCGGUAAAAAAGAUAUUUCAUACAACAACCAAACUUUACGGACUCCCAGUGCAUUGGUGUCAACGCCUGAAUACGAAGGCAUGGAGGAACUUUAAAGAAUCUGUAGAUUUGUCAAUUUUACUCGCUCAAAAAAUUGUGCGGGAAAUACUAAAUAAUAAACAAAAUGUGAGAGGUCUUAUACCUAAACUACGACAGGACAAUAUGUCCGACGAAACUAUAACGAGGAUCGUCGCUGAUUUUGUAAUAGCUGCUGGUGAUACGACAGCUUACACUACACUCUGGGCUUUACUAUUACUUUCAAAGAAUGAAUCUGAGGCUCAUGAAUUACUGAAGGACCCAUCACAAGCAAAACACAUAAUUAAAGAAACAAUGCGAUUGUACCCAGUAGCUCCAUUUCUAACAAGGAUAUUGCCAAAAGAAUGUUUCUUGGGUCCCUACAAAUUAAACGAAGGGACUCCAAUCAUAGCUUCCAUCUAUACAUCUGGUCGUGACGAAAAUAACUUUAGUCAGGCAAACAAAUUUUUACCUUAUCGCUGGGACAGAAAAGAUUCCAGACAAAAGGAGUUACUCAAUCAUGUCCACUCAGCAUCUUUGCCAUUUGCUUUUGGAUCAAGAUCUUGUAUAGGAAAGAAGAUUGCUAUGAUUCAACUCACAGAAAUAAUAAGUCAGGUUGUAAAUAAUUUUAAAUUAUCCUGUGAAAAUAAAACUGAAGUGGCUGCUAUCACUUCACAAGUGCUUGUCCCAAAUCAAGAAAUAAGGUUGAGAAUGUCAAUAAGAGAUUAGAGAUAAAUAAUGAAUACAUAUAUUUAUUAUUAUAA